ACAAACCAUUCUCCGUUCAGACUUCAUGCAGAACGUUCGUGCGUGAUCUUUACAUUCGGUUAACAUUCAAUAAAGUUUAUUCCUUUUUGUUAGUGUUGUGAUUUUGUUUAUUGACAACAUGUGUGAAAAGAGAACAAGAAAAAUCAAGAAAGGUUCCCACAUUACUCGCCUACGCGAAGCAAGACGUAUACAGCGUCUGCAAAGGAUCGCUUCCCCGUCCACUAGCGACGAGUCUAACUCGUCGCCAUGCCCUCCAACGGUCGACAAGGCCGCCCAAAACCGCGUCAUCUUAGAGCUCGCUUGGAAGACCGUAGCGCUGAUGCACAAGAACAGAUUGAUCCAACAGAAGAUCAUUGAUCUUCAAAAGGAAACGUCACAGUACAUACAGUCCGUAAUGAGCAACCCUGAGAACAGGAGGCGCUAUAUGGAACACGUCCGUUUGUACGGUGCGCAACCUACGCAACUUAAGCUAUUAGCAGCCGAAAAGAAUGUACAGGUCAAAGUGGAGCCCAAAGCGUGAGCCCCAAUCUAAUUCUGAAAGUUCGUAAAAUCUAUGAACAACAAAAAACAAAAUGGCGGAAAUCAUUUGUUAUUUACAUUUUGAUUACAAUGACAUGUUUUUGAUUAAAACGACUCGUUCUUUAUGCGAACGGCGAAAGGCGAUGUGAAAUAUGAAAAAAAAUACGCUUGAAAAUCAACGCAGCUGUUGCUUGAAGUGUGCCUGAGAGAAGUUUGCGUCUAAAAAUCAUGUUGAUGAAAACGGAUCUGUUAUGAUUUUUUAUUAGUAGAUUAGUAGUUUUAAGGUGUUGUUUUUUUUUUUGAAGUUCAAGAGAACAUAUUUCGGGAUCUCUUAUUUAUUCUUUCAAUACCUACUUGAAGGUUUUAUGCUAACUAAAGAAGCUAUUAUUAUUUAUCCAAAAAAGUAAAUAGUUUAGAGACGUUUCAAUGAUUUUGUAGUUAUUUUCAUGACAUUUUGUAUUUAAUUCAUUGUACAAUGUUCGUUAUUCUUUUGAAAGCUUUCUAUGUGGGUAGUUCUAAUUUCCCUGUCGGCAAUAUUAACGAAUCAGUGUCUUAAAUAAAAAUGUUGUGCUUAUUAUAAUUAUAUAAUAAUGUGUACUGUUCUUUAUAAUUAUAAGAUAUUAAUAAGCUGUACUGUUACAUAAUAAGUUGUAUUUAAAAGGCUGUUUGAUGUUCUUAAUAUGUAAUGUUGCCUUCGUUUCUAUGAUUUAAAAGAAAUCGUUCAAAAUCCGCUUCUACCGCUCCAUUUUCUGUAUUCAAACAUGGCAUUCAUUUCGCAAAAAAAUAUUAUUUUUCAUUCAUCAAUUUGUAAUCCAUAUAUACAAGAUUUCUAAAUUAAUUUAGAACAACAAGCAGAAUUUUUUUCAAAAUGGCGGUUUUAAAGUUUUUUUUUUUAAUGAAUAGAGACCAAGGCAAUAAAAUGGUUUUUAAAGAAUACUCUUAAUCGUUUAAACUUAUAUUAAGAUUAGAUUGAUUUUUGAUUGAAUUUCGUAAUUUACGCGUUAAACAUUAAAAGUGGAAGCUUAUGUAAUCAAUGUAUUAAGUGUUGGUGCAUGGCAAUCUUUGCAUUAUGAAAACUUUGUCAAAAUAAUUCAUUUGCUAUUCCACACGAUGCUACUUUGAAAUGUCAGUUUGACGUAGUUUCAAAGCGCUCAUUUGAUCAUAAACUACAUAUCGUGAGCAAAAGAUUUGUUCAAUAUUGCUAUAGAAUAGUCCUUAAAUGAAAAGAAUUGGGUAAUGCACCGAAGUAGGUAGAUAUGCAUCUCGUAUACAAUUCAUUCAUUUUCGUAAGUAAUUUUCAAUUUCAAUCUCAAUACACUUGUCACACAACACUUAAUACAUACAGUUUGCAUUUAAUAUUUAGUUAAUGAAUUAUUAAUUAUAUCCAUGUUAGCACAGACUACCAAAAACUGUGUUCAUUUUAAAAUAUUUACUUAUACUUUUUAGUCGAUGUAAUGUACACAAAAAAGUAUUACUUACAUUUCUAAAUUAAAUUUUCUAACUUUUCGUGUGAUAAAUUUUUAAAUUGUAUUAUUUCGAUUACAAAUUACUUUAGUGAGUUUAAAACGAAAUAACUCCUUAUUAGGUAUACAUACACAAAAGUGUUUCAAGGUUUUAAAUUAAAAAUGUUUUUAUUUUCAUAGGUUUUCAGAAUUUGAUUAUUUAAAAUAUGAUUAUAAUUUAAUGUAAACAUAAAAUUUUAAUUCCCUUAAAAUACUUAUAAUUUAGAAGUUCAAUUCUGUCAUGUCAGUUUUUGAAAAUGUGUGUCACUGACUGACUAGGGAGAAUGUAUGACGUCACUUCCAUAGAUAAUACACUUCAUAAUUAGAAAAUCAAAAACGGUUGUUGUGUACAAAAUUUACAUCAUAUUUGCUUUAAAAAGUAUUAUUGCUUAGGCUUAAGAUUAUUUAUACAUAUUUUGUUGGUAAAACUCCUUGUGUAGAUUAAGCCUUCAAAAUUUUUCACGUGUUUUAGCUGUUAUUAUUCAUUAAAAAUACACUAGUCUUUGAUAUUCGA